GCUCCACUUGCCUUCGGUCCCGGUCCCCUUGGCCGCUCUCCCUCCCUUUCCUCUGUCCCGCCCCGUCCAGCCUAGGCUGCCCAGCUCCCGCAGGCCCCCCCACUGCCCGCGUUCCUAUGGACAGACGCACAGACACCUGCAGGAAAGACGCUGCUAAUCCUGUAACAUGGAGGAUUGCCUUCAUACUUCAUCUGAGAAUCUGUCCAAAUUGGUCAGCUGGGCCCACAGCCAUGGGACCAUUUGCAGCCUCAUUCCAAACCUGAAACACUUGCUCUCUGAAGGUUCCCAUGGGAACCUGACAGCAAUGUGGGGCUGUAGUGCUGGCCAUGCUUAUCACUGGCCACUGACAGCUACUUGCAGAGCUGGGUCCCAGGAGAGGGUCUGUUUCCAGGAUAACAGAAGUUUUAACUCUGAUAGUCCCAGUAUAAUUGGGGUGCCCUCUGAGACACAGACCAGCCCUGUUGAAAGGUACCCUGGGAGACCAGUGAAAGCAAAACUAGACUGUAACCGGACCAGAGACUCUUGUGACUUCUCUUACUGCAGCGAACCUUCUGAACUGGAUGAAGCCGUUGAGGAAUAUGAGGAUGAAAACACCCUGUUCGACAUGGUUUGUGAGUCUUCUGUUACAGAUGAAGAUAGUGACUUUGAACCCCAAACUCAAAGGCCUCAGAGUAUUGCUCGAAAAUGGCCUGGUGUAAACCCGUCUUCUCUCCAUUCAAGCUCUCAGGCUCAAAUGAUUGAUGAAUGCAGCAAUGAUGUCAUCAUCAAGAAAAUCAAACAAGAGAUUCCUGAAGAUUAUUACAUUGUGGCAAAUGCAGAGCUGACAGGAGGGGUGGAUGGCCCAGCCCUAUCGUUGACGCAGAUGGCAAAACCCAAGUCUCAGACUCAUGCUGGUCCCUCCUGUGUAGGGCCUACUAAGCUGAUUCCCCACAUAACAUCUGCCAUCAGCAUGGAGAUAGACCCACAUGGUGUAUCUGCUUCCCCUUCUGUGAUCUCCAAACCAGUACUCCAGAAAACUGCCAGGGUGUCUCUGGCUUCGCCAAACAGAGGACCCCCUGGUGCCCAUGGCACCAACCAGCAGGUGGCAGUGCAGAUGCCUGUGAGCACAUCCCAUCCUAACAAACAGAUCAGUAUCCCUUUGUCUGCCCUGCAGCUGCCUGGACAGGAUGAGCAAGUUGCUUCUGAAGAGUUCCUGCCCCAUCUGCCUAGCCAGGUUUCCUCCUGUGAGGUAGCUCUUUCUCCCUCCGUUAACACUGAGCCAGAAGUGAGCUCCAGCCAGCAGCAGCCCCCGGUCGCUGCCACCAUCACCACUGAGGCCACAGCACAGUGCAUACCAGCCUAUUCUACUAAGCUCAACAAAUUUCCUGUAUUUAAUAUUAACGAUGACUUGAAUGAUCUGUGUACCAGCGCAGUGAGCCCGAAUACUACCAAAGCCACGCGGUACGCCCUGAAUGUGUGGCGAUAUUGGUGCAUGACCAACGGUCUCAAAGAUCACACGGACAUCACCAAGAUCCCUGCAGUGAAGUUGAAUGAGCUGCUUGAGAACUUUUAUGUCACCGUUAAGAAGAGUGAUGGUUCAGACUUCCUGGCCACCUCGCUCCAUGCCAUUCGCCGAGGCCUAGACCGCAUCUUGAAGAAUGCAGGUGUGGGCUUUUCCAUCACCAGCAGCACCUUCAGUUCUUCCACCAAGAAACUCAAGGAGAAGCUGUGGGUUCUGAGUAAGGCAGGGAUGUCAGGUGCCCGUUCUCGCAACAUCGUCUACUUCUCCCUUUCAGAUGAGGAGGAGAUGUGGCAGGCAGGCUGUCUAGGGGAUGACAGCCCCAUCACGCUCUUGUCCACUGUGGUCAAAUACAACAGCCAAUACCUAAAUAUGCGGACACUGCAGGAGCAUGCAGACCUAAUGUAUGGUGACAUCGAGCUGCUCAAAGACCCCCAAAACCAGCCCUACUUUGCCCGGACGGACAGCGUAAAGCGGGAGAGUCGGAGCAAUUCCACAAGAGUGUGUCAUGGGAAAAUCUACCAUGAGCAUUCCAGGGGACACAAACAGUGUCCUUACUGUCUCCUCUAUAAGUACAUGUAUAUCCACCGGCCACCCACCCAAAUGGAGGCCAAGUCCCCCUUCUACCUUACUGCCAGGAAGGAGGCCACAGACGUGGGCAGUGUGUGGUAUGAGGAGCAGAGAAUGGGUCUGCGGUCUUUGCGGGGAAUCGUCCCAAAUUUAGCCAAGAAGGUCAAGCUGGAAAACUGUGAGAACUUCACCUUCGUCUCAUUUACUCAGGUCUCCAGGAGGCUUGGAUCCCACAGCUGCAGCCAGUGAGUCUUCCCUGGGUCCAGGCCACUGCCCUGCUCACCUGAUAAGUGAGAGCCCACUCAGGAGGCCAAGGCCAGGGUCAGCAGCAACCCAGAGCACCAAGGAGGCAGGGAAUGACUAACUUCAUGGUCAGGUGGUCUCCAUCAGUGUGGCCUGCUGUUCCUUGGACUUUGGAUUUGUUUUCUAAAUGAAAGUAAAUGAGUGUGAAUAAUUAGGAUGUUUUCUCCAGUUGUCAUUCACCUUUGUUAAAUUAUAAAGUCUGACACAAUGUAUAUUGCUACAAACAAUAGUAAGGAAAUUCAUUUUAUCUAGUGCCUUUUUAGCACAAGUUUUCUCAGAAAAAAAUGAAAACUGGCUAAGUAGUCGUUUAAAAAAAAAAAAAAUCCCAGUAGCCUAGUAGCUUUAGAAUGUUAUGGAGAAUAUACACUUUGUUGAAUUACCUUCAGAAUAGGGAAGUAGAAAAGAGAGGUAGACAUGUUAAUAUUUCCAGGAGAAAAAUUGCACUUGACACUCCUCUGUAUUUCGUUGAUGGAUAACUUG